AUGACUACACAACGGUCAGUAUUUCGACGAAGACGUUCAUCAUCUUUAUCAACAAUAAAUACUAGUUAUUCAGAUGAUGAAGAUUUUUGGUCUGCAUCUUCUUCAAGAAAAACAUCAAAGGAUUCAGAAUAUAAGAAAAAAAUGAGUUUGUCAGCUGUUCAAUCAGCCAAUGAAUUAUAUAUUACUAAUCCUAAUGAUACAUCAAAUGAAAUUGAGUAUUCACAUGAAACUUUAUACAACUAUAAUGAAUCACACACACUUAGAGAGUCUCGAACAAACUCUUUUCAAUUCGAUAAUAUUAUGUGUCGACGACAAUCAGUUAGUUUGCCUGGAUUUCAUGAAGGACUAAAUUCUGGUAAAUUAGUAUCAAGAUUAAGCUUAGUUGGUGAUGAACUUGAAGAGAGCUUAAAGAAAUUUAAAAACUCACAUGAAAUGAACAGUAAAAGAAGAUGGACUAUAUUUGAUUGUUCAACGUCGAAACCAGAAUAA